AUGCCAGGUGUGACCGCCAUGCUGGGGCUAAAUCACACCUUCGUGUCUGAAUUCAUCCUCAUCGGCUUCUCCGCCUUCUCCCACCUUCAGCUGAUGUUCUUCCUGCUGAUCCUGCUGAUGUACCUGUUCACACUACUGGGGAACCUGCUCAUCAUGACCACCAUCUGGGGUGAGCGCAGCCUCCACACGCCCAUGUACCUCUUCCUGUGCGCCCUCUCUGUCUCUGAGAUCCUCUACACCUUCGCCAUCAUCCCUCGCAUGCUGGCCGACCUGCUCUCCACCCACCACUCCAUUGCCUUCUCAGCCUGUGCCAGCCAGAUGUUCUUCUCCUUCACGUUUGGCUUCACCCACUCCUUCCUGCUCACAGUCAUGGGCUAUGACCGCUAUGUGGCCAUCUGCCACCCCCUGCGCUACAACGUGCUCAUGAGUCCCCGUGGCUGUGCCUGCCUGGUGUCCUGGUCUUGGGCAGGUGGCUUGGUUAUGGGGCUGGUGGUGACCACGGCCAUUUUUCACCUCACCUUCUGUGGACCCAAUGAGAUCCACCAUUUUUUUUGCCAUGUACCACCUCUUGUGAAGUUGGCCUGUGGAAAUAAUGUACCAAAUGUGGCCAAGGGCGUGGGCCUGGUGUGCAUCACAGCCCUGCUGGGCUGCUGUCUCCUCAUCCUCCUCUCCUAUGCCUCCAUUGUGGCUGCUGUCUUGAGGAUCCCCUCCUCUGAGGGCCGGCACAGGGCCUUCUCCACAUGCACAUCCCACCUCACCGUGGUGGUCGUGCACUAUGGCUUCGCCUCUGUGAUCUACCUCAAGUCCAAGGGUCCCCAGUCUCUGGAAGGAGACACCCUCAUGGGCGUCACCUACACAGUCCUCACACCCUUCCUCAGCCCCAUUAUCUUCAGCCUCAGGAACAAGGAGCUGAAGAACACCAUGAAGAAGACCUUCCUCAGCAAGUCCUUUCUGCAGAGCUCCUGA